AUGAGUUUCUGCAUUUCAUGUCAAAUCUUACACAUGAUAUUGUAUGUUGGAAAGUUUCUUCAAUAUAGCAAUUCCUUUAUGAGUUUUCUAGUAUAUUGUUUUAGAAUGCCAGAUUUCAGAAAAGCGCUUUCACGAAUGCUUCCCCAAAUGCAAUGCAGAUGCAGUCGCUAAUUACAGAGUCGUCGAGUGUCUUAUCCGCUCAGUGGUCGACACUAAAGUAAGUGUCUUUCUUACCUAUCUUAAUUACUCUCCGUACAGGAAAUAUGUAUUUAUGUGAAAUUUUAAAAAGCAUGCAAGCCGUAAGUUCCUAGCAAACAAAUCGUGAAGCUUUGUGAAGUGAUCAGAGUUUAUCGGAAAAUGUGUUAAAUCGUCCUGUCUUUCAUGGAAAUAAUCUUCAGCUUGCGGGAAAACCUGUAUUUCUCUUGCUGACGUCACUUUCACAAUUCAAAACAAUAUCGCGACGUCAUGAUCAAUUACCCCAGAGGUCAAUCCACAGGCAUCCCAAAAUCACUACGCGAGCGCUUCUUAAAAAUCAAUACAAGUGAAAAUAUUGCGAUCAAAGCAAUUUAUAGUGUUCAUAUGUAAACAGUUUUAAAGCGAACAAAAAAGGCAGCGCAUUUUCUUUUCUUUUUUUGAAAAAGGCGCAUCUUUAAGCGGCCAGAUGUAUCACUUUUAACAAGUGCUCACGUAGUGGGUUUAGGAUGCCUGUGGUCAAUUGAAUAAACUAUUACAAGUGUUAUACUUCUACUUGAGAAAUUUCUGCAAUUUGAUUGGCUUAGAGCAGUGUUAUUUCAGCUUAAUUUGAAAUACCUACAUGUGAAAAUUACAAACCCUUUGCGGGUAGUAGUAUAAACAAAUAAUAGCAUGAUUUGUACGUGCUAUUUGGCAAAAAUACCAAUCAUGAUAUUUCAAAAUUGUCUCAAAUUUCACUCGCCUAAUUACGUAUAACAAUUUCGAAAUAUCACUCGUGGUAUUUAUGCCAAAUAUCACGACAAAUCAUGCUAUUACCUAUACUAAUUUACAAGUGUGGACACUAUAAAUUCGUAACUUUAUCAAGAUUUUAUUGAAUGUACAUUUGAGCUUGAGAGAAUGAACCUAGCCUUGAUGUCAAAUGUUAAAAUAAUCAUCAAACAGUAUCAUAUGUUAUAGUAUUGAUUAUUUUUGGGGGUGUCAGGUUUUUUAAAUUUACGCAAAUUAAGAAAGUUAUUCUAGAAAUUACUGAUUUCAUGAAGUAAAUAUCGUAUUAAGCUGUUCUCCUCAUGUCUCUUCUGUUGGGCUCCUGACAAAAACUUAACCUUUAAUAGACGAAACCCCGGCAUGUUGCCUGUAGCCCAUGAAUCAAAGAGGCCAGACUCCAACAGAAGUGACUGAUGGGCUCCUGUUUUUGUUUAGUAAAGUUGAAUUACAUAGUACAUUGAAGUAGUCUUAUUUCGUUUCUGGUUGAUUCUAGCUAUACCCACAUAUUUCUCGUAAAAAGCCAAGAAACACGCUUGUUUUGAUUCAGAAGUCGAUGCGCAUUCAUUAAGUCUUUGUAACCGAGCGUUGUCGAUCUCUUCGAAUCCUAGGGAGCGUCACCAUAAUUGGUGACCGCGUUUCAACUGUAUUCUAUACCAACUCUUUGUGCUUAGUAUAUAAUAGAGCUACAGUAGCGUAUCUUGCUUUCGUUCGGCAAAUCAAUGAAACCAACAACGACAUCAACAACAAUGAGCUUUAAUUUAUUCGCAGGACUUUAACAAAGUGUGCUGAUUCCCUGGUUUUGCACUGCGUAUCUCUUACUGCGCAUAACAAGAUGGCCGCCGUGAUAAAGAGCAUCCAAAGUAACAUUAUUAAAAUGAAGUUGACUUAAGGGAAAGGCAAUUAGAAUUUUAGGUUUCGGUCGAUUCUUGCCGAAAUGAGACUCAAUGUGUUGGGAACGUGCAUAACGUUAGCAGUACGCGUGUUACUGAGUUCGACUUUCUUAAGGAGAACCUCGAUAGUGGACGUUAAACGUGCGCUAUGCAUCUCACUCUGAUUUUCAUUUAAGGGUCAUCUUUAUCAUAUUGCGUCCUAACAGUGAUAUCUCGAUGUAAAUUCUGAAAAAACGGAUUAUUUUAUGCUUUCUUCCCCCUUCCACAUACAUGCCAUUUUGAAAGUCGCCCCAGUCCUCUCUCAAUUACCGGAGAAAAUGUAUAUGGUGCGCACUUUCUGCAGCGCUGCCGCAAAAACGAAUACCGUGACCCCCAUUUUUUGAGUGAAAACACUCUAUACUUCCUAAACGGAAAAACGUCUGCAGAGGUUAAUAACUAAUUUUCUUAGGGUUAUUAUUAGGUAACAGGUGUUGCCCACGACUUCCCGUAGGAGCCCAUCAUUGGGCUCCUGUUCUGUAUAUUAUCACGACAACAUCGAUAUAUUAACACGCACGCAGUUUAAGCGUCAGUGACAUUAUUACCGUCCCCUGCACUCACCACUGGUGUACUUUCUUUUUCGUGGGAUUUCACAUGACGUCACGGUGGCCAUAUUGGUGUCCCAAAACAAUGAAACGGCGGCCAUGUUGGUGUCCCAAACCAGUCCUCUGGGAGUUGAACUCUUCUUAUGCAAACGCUUUUUUUGUUACAGUAAAUUUGCAUAUACGCUGGCCACGUGAGUGAAAACACUCUCCAAAGCGGAAAAACGUCCGCCCCUGGCAAAAUAGUUCUCCCAAGACCUAAACCGGAAAAAGAUUCGCAAAAAAUUGCGUUACUUCCGAUUGCUCACAAAUUUGACACAAAGGAAGUUAAUAGAUUCAGCCAAUCACCUGCCUAGUUCCAGCUCCUUUGGACUUUUGACCGUGACACACCGAGCUUUCGAAAAUUUUGAAUUUUAUGGCGAGUCGCGGAGAAUUUUUGUGAGCCGGUUUUGCGAAGAAUACAAGCUUGUAUCGACGAAUGUCAACCAAAUACAAGUCAAGCAAACUAUUCUGAAGGAUUUUGGAGGAUAACAAGCAAAAUAAACGCGAAAAUUGAAGUAAGGAAACACUUAGAAUCUGUGCAUGCAAAUCGCCGAUCGCCGAACUCUUUGCCACAUAUUCUUGAAACGGCGACGAUUUCCUUCCCGUUUUGCCUUCGCUUCGCUUUUCGCCGGCAAAUUCUUGGUUAUUUUGAUGAAUUCUAUCAGCAAAUUCAUGUCUGCUUGUCUCUAACUCGAUAUUUCUUUGGGAAUUUCUAGUCGCUCGAUGUUUUAGAACGAUUUUAGUUUGUUUUUGCUUAGAUAUUGAUGAAAAAAAUUGGUUACUACCAUAUCACCCAAAAUAAAGAAGUUUCCUAGCUGAAUGACAUUCUUUAAAAUUUUAAAAAAGUUUUAUGCAAAAUAUGCUUUGUAAAUUUUUUUGUGGCGGAAUAUUAUGGGUUUCCAACGACCGAAAUAUUUUUUUGUCGAAAGGGUAUUCUUUUCCCUUUCCAAUGAGGUAUAGCUUGAUAUUGAACUGUAAAUAACACCAGAGAUAUGAUUUUUUAAAGUUACAUGGGCAAAAUACAUUAAAAUAAUUUGGGGAAGACAAUGGGUAUAUUAUUGAGCUAUUUUGAAAAAAAUAGCUCAUAUGUCAGUGGUGUGAGCGUAUGUAUCUUUGUGGCUUUGUAUCUUUGUAACUUUGUAUGUUCGGAUGUUUGUUGCAAGAGCCAAUAAAGUUGAAGGUACUAUGAGUUGAUGCUCAGGAACCAAUGAGAUCUUGGCAUGUCAUAAUGUAUAUACUCAAAAAGAAAAAUUGCUAGGAGAGACAGGCCGCACAUCUUAGCCUCAAACCGGUGUGAAACCUUUGAAAACCUUCUACAUAUUGAUAUUGCUCCAUUGAGGAGUACUCUUUGAGGGAUUUUACACUCGAAAAAUUGAACGAUGAUUUUAUCGGUAUCAGGGGCCCAUGACUCUGUCAGUAUAAUUAUACAUAGCUUCUUUGUACCGGACCAAGAUACGGCUCGGUACAGUAUAUGUUCAGCACAGGAAAAAAGUGUAAGUUUAACAGAACCUUAUACAACACACAGUUAAUUCAGUCGCGUGUGUCCAUUUUAUAAGAUAUCAAUAUUGCGUGAAAGUAAUCACAUUUUCCAUAGCUGCUUAGUAUCUACUUUUAAUAUAUCUCCGUACAGUCUCAGAGUACAAUGUUUAGAGUUGUACACAGCAUGUAUUUUAGAUAGAUAGCUAGAUAGGCAGAUAGACAGGCAGACAGACAGACAGACAGACAGACAGAGAUAGAUAUAGAUAGAUAGAUAGAUAGAUAGAUAGAUAGAUAGAUAGAUAGAUAGAUAGAUAGAUAGAUAGAUAGAUAGGUAGGUAGGUAGGUAGGUAGGUAGGUAGGUAGGUAGGUAGGUAGAUAGAUAGAUAGAUAGAUAGAUAGAUAGAUAGAUAGAUAGAUAGAUAGGUAGGUAGGUAGGUAGGUAGGUGCAUACAACAAUUGCAAGAAAAAUAAGGAGUACUGAAAGCAAAUGUACACUUAAAAAUUAAAAAACUGUUAAAGUUUUUUCUUCUAUUACAGUAUCACCGGGAUAAAGCGUUUCAUUUUCCCAGAAAAUUUCACUUUCUCGUCAAAACAAUCACUGACUCUGACAGACUCGGAUUAGUUUACUUGAAUUUAGCGUUCAGUACAGCGAACGGGGUUAUGUUCUGUGAAAUUUAUCUACAGUCUGCGGCCCACAUCAUCACUGAUCCACGAUUUAUUAUUUAUUUAUUCUCAAGUUCUUUUUAACCGAUCCUUGAUCCCUGAUUUCUCGAUCCUCGAUCCUCGAUCCUCGAUCCUCAUUUUCCAGUAAACCUUGAAGUUUUGCUCAUUAAGAUUGUUCUUUUUUUUUCGACUACUAAAGUGAUCAGUUGUUCCGAAAUAAUCAACGCUUUCAAGCCAUAGAAUUCUUGGACCAACCCGUUCCGGAAAAGCUCGAUAUGGGAUUUCUAUUAACUAUGGACAUGAAGUGCUGGAAGUAGAGUGUGCGGUUAGUCAAGUUCAAAGCUACCAGUAUAAACACACCCAUGACACGUUAGGGUGGAUUUCCACUGAUACGUUUUUGGCUCCGCACGUUAACGCACGUAAAUUUUAAUCACGUAAAUCAAAUAGAGGUAAGACAUAAAGUAUUGAGAUUAAACGUCAAAUUAAGCGAGUUUCUACUUUUACGCUUACAUAAUUGUACGUGCAGCCUUUCAUACAUUGCCUUUAUUUUAUUUGCGAACGCAAAUUUUACGCACGUGCGCACGUAAAAAUUACGUGACAGUGGAUACUUCAUAUCUCAAGUAUUUAUGAAGUGCAACACGACUUCACAUCGUAACAACUGCGAAAAUCUAUCAAUUAAAUACAUAAAACAAAGUGAAUCUAUUUAACCGUACAUUUCCUGUAAUUGCGACAAUAUUCUGAGAAACGUAACGCCUUAAAAAGCCACAAAAUCCUGAGGAUUUCCCCGCUAUAAUAUUUUCUCAUCCUGCUUGGGGAUAUGCCUGCAUGUCGUGCAUAAUUACACGAAAAUCAAGGGCCUCCAUUCAAGGAAAAUUACGUCAUUGCCAAACUUACAUGCGUCAUUUCAGUCAUCGCCGAAAUAAACUGCAUUCUCAUCACGAGACUCAUUUCCAUACAAUGAAAGUCGUCACGAUUCUUAUCUCCAGUUUCCACGGUCUUCGCUAGGAACGCGGGGCCUACAAACUAGGUCCCACCGACGGAAAAAAAAAACGACUGCAUUUUAAGAUUCUCGCUUUGCUAAAGCAAGCGAGACUAAUGAUAGUAACUUGAAGGUAUGAAAACCUGUUUCCUUUAUUAACGAAUGCCUUAAAAAAGGCUCUUGUCUUUUAAGAAGCAAUAGCUUUUAAAACAUGAAGAAAUAAGUUGUCGGAGUUACAGACUGUUUCACUUAGUAGAAUCGCACGUGAAAACCUCGUGAAUUGUUAUGAUGCAACCAUCUACCACAAUGAUAAAAAUCCUGGUAUUUCUUAACUACUCGAAUUCGAUGAGUCACAUUUUGGCUUAAAAAACUCCGAGGAAACCUUACAGUUUUCCUUCUAAUCAAAGUUUUGUGAGUAGAUAUUUAUUGACUUUAACCAUUUGUUUAACUUGCACCAAAUAUAACUGGGAAAGACAGAGGAAAGUGAAUAUAUAGCAUGAGGAUGGACGCAGCGGAGCGUUUCGCGUUUUCAUUUAUGUACGGCAAUACCCAAUUUCGCACAAAAACCCAGUCUACAUUUAGGACGAAAAAGGUAGAUUCAUCACUCUUGGUAAGAUUACACUGAAGCAUUAAGGUUACACCGAGGCAUUCAAAAUAGCUCAUGCACGUUUAACGUGCCUAUGUUUAGGUAACAGGUGUUGCCCACGACUUCCCGUAUCAGUUAUCGCGACAACAUCGAUAUAUUAACACGCACGUGGUUUAAGCGUCGGUGACAUUACUACCGUCCCCUGCACUCUCCACUGGCGUACUUUCUUUUUCGUGGGAUUUCGCUAGUUCAGAAUUACGAAGGAGCGGCACAGAAACUUGGUGAGAGAACGUCUAUAGUUUUCCUUUGAGGCUGUUUUUCUCAGUCAGUUAAAUAACCAGCAUCAGAACACAAUUUUCUUAAAAGAAAAAAACAGCUGCAUGAAAGAAGCGCUUAUAUUUACUAAGUUUUGAACGCUCUUUACACAAAAUAUAUCUAGCUGGAGUUUAGAAAACGCUACUGCUCAAGUAGUCCUUGUUAAAUCAGGCAGUUUUUCGUUUCGUUCAAAGACGAAAAGUACAACAAUUGCUUUGUCUUUGUAGGCUAAUACACGGCUAAUAAUUUCUCUCAUGUUUGCGAGCAACUGUUUAAAGCUAAGUUUAAAAGUUUUUUUUCUUAACCGAUGUUGGCAAUUGAUUGUGAAAAACGAAAAAUAAAAGUUUUAACUAACGUUUAUAUAAAAAUGUCAAGAAAUUUAAAUAGUGGGCUUUUCAAAUUUAGGAAGCAAACUUUUUGGAUGUUUGGCAACCUUUUAGCAACUUUUUGACAUUCCAGUUGGCAGCUUUCCAGCAUUUUACGAGUACAAUCGGGAAAGUUCUAGCAGGCUCUGACCGAAAGGGGUACCUUUUUCAGGCUUCAGGUAUAUGAAAGGGUAGAUAAUUCACUAGUUGAAAGAUAUAUAAGAGAAUAGGGAUUCAUCAUUAGGUCCUAAUUAAUUGAAAUGUUUGGAAAAGACGCGCUUUGUUUUUUUAUCAUUUUAAUUUUCUUUAAAGCGUUUGAUGAAAAUGACAAGAAGACCGACAAUUUCACAGAAAACUUCAAUUUAUGCGAAUUUCUUGAAUGUUAAUAAUCACCCUUUUGAAGACGUAACCUUUACGGCCAAGGUUUCGCAGGCCUGAAAAGGUAUUUAAACGUGCCGUCAGGCCUGAAACGCAGUAGGCACAUAAAUAUAAGCAAGAAAAUUUAAAGGUAAGUUUAAAAGAAAAAAACGAAUUCAUGCACAUUUCGCUCAAUUAUAGAGAAAAAUAAUUAUAAUUUUAGACGUAUGAAUAAUUAAUUAAGCUUUUUUUCUUAACCGAUGUUGGCAAUUGAUUUUGAAGAAUGAAAAAUAAAAGUUUUAAUUAACGUUUAUAUAAAAAUAUCAAGAAAUUUAAAUACCCAGCAGCUUUUGAAAUUCAGGAAGCAAACUUUUUGGAUGUUUGACAGAAGACCUAGUACUGUUUUAGCGAUUUAUUGCUAUUAAGUAGGUAUGUGAAAAGGCGGCCUCAUUUCUCAAUGGAAGGUAAUGCAAACACCCUUGCCGACACCCUAGGGACCGCGGUUUAGUGUCCGUAAUAGCGAGAGUCCGUAACAGCAGGGUGCGAGUAAAAAAUUCUUGAUAUCAGAGGAACUACAUUUAUUUGUAUUGUACAUUGUCUCCAGAACCAAUUGCAGUGCAGUUUUCGCAUAUAAAGAGCGUCAGAACUUUAUUUACAAACAAGACAAAUCGUAACUGAACAAAACUUGCAUCUCCCUUUCUUUCACCACAACAGUCACUGAUUAGAAAAAUUUGUGGUACACAAAAAGCGUAAAGUACGGUAAUAGAAAAUCCAAUUCAUGUACGUUAAUAGUACAUCACGACUGUUUUUUGGAAAUAAGUACGGUAGUUUUUAUUGCGACAUUCUCCAUCUAUGUAAGAUGUAUAAUGUUGUUAUUCCUACAUAAGUUCAGAAACAUCUGUAAACCUGAAGAAGGCUGGUAUGGCCAGCCGAAAUAUUUUUGUGUUUAAAGAACAGUACACGUUUGUUCUGAAUCAGCUUUGCAGUAGUCUUUGGACUUCUCCUUCUUGGGUCAUAGAAGGAUCAUGUUACACUUUUCAACCUGUUUCAACCAAAGUGACAGAGGCGCAGAGAAAAAGAGGAAAUACUAAACUAUAUGAUCUGAGACUGAUUUUACCUUCGACCACAAUUGCAGCGGUUAGUAAAAUUUGUUAUAGUGAUGACUAUGAUCUGUCAGCCAGUUUAUCCACGGCGGCUCAGUUUCUGACAACCUAGGGCAGCAUAAAGUAAAGAAUACUGUCAUAAAUUCUUUCUAGGUUCAUUUUGAUUCACAAUAUUUCGGUUUGUUUAUGUAUAUAUAUUUCAUAUUUUGUUGUGAGAAACAAUAAAAUGACGAGUUAAACAAUUCUAGUUAAACGCCUAACGCCGGCGAUUCCCCCCUGCGACUUGCUAAACUCUUUUUCACUGUCAACUGUACAUGUUUUUUACUUAUUUAAUAAAUGACUCACUCAAGAAUGGCAUCGAGCGUAUUUAAGACUAGUUCUUAUUCUAGGCUCGAUUACCAGUCACUGUUCGGUAAACGAGCAACACAGGUCGGGGCGUUUCUCGUAAGUCCGAACUUUUCGUGCCCCGAAGCCAAAUAUUAAAAUCAAAAUCUAACGAACAAAUGCGCAGGUCCUACGACCAUCGUCAAAAGGGUUGGGAAGGCUGCUACUUUUGAACUCUUUUUUUCUUCUUUUCCCCACCACCUCGAGCUCCUGGCCCGAUGUUAAGAAAAACAUAAGCGGUCUGUGCGCGUCUCAAUCAGUUUUGAAUCGUUCUAUUAUAUAUUCCAAGAUAGGUGGGACCGGGGGGGGGGAGUUAUUUAGCAAAAGGGAAAACCAUCUUCGAUUUGUUGAACAUAAAAACGAACUGCUGUUAACUCGUACAACCUUCCCAACAGCUUUUGUCUGGGACUGUAGGCUAAAAGGUCCAUUUUCUCUGUUGAAUCGAUAGGCUUAUACAUAACUAUUAUAGUCUGCAAAGCAAUUUGAAAUCAUCAUUGAAACUUCGAUCUUUUGUGAACAAAACAGCUUACGGUGACCGGUAAUUACCGGAACUUCCGAGGAAUGGGCUUCGGAGCAGAUCCUAAAUCUUCUUAUUCCUUUUACAGGUAAUAAACACCGUUUUCAAUUGGACUUCAAUAAUUGGAACCUCUUCUGGAGUUUGUGCUUUGGGCUGUUGUCCUUUCUAAUCAUCGUUGGAAAUGCUCUAUCCAUAUCAAUACUUUUCAAUAGAAGGCUACGAAAGCGUCCUCAUUUCUUGUUAAUUAGCUUGGCUUUCGCUGAUCUCUUGGUUGGAUUAAUCCCAGUGCCACUUUACAUUAUCAUUCAAUACUUACGAUAUCGAAUUCUUACUUUAGUUUAUAAUUGCGUGGAUAUCUUUGCAGGGUUAUGCUCGAUCUUCACCCUGGCGGCUAUUUCCCUUGAAAGACUCCACGCAAUUGCUCGCCCUCUUCGCCAUCGACAACUCACCUUACGUAGCUACGCGAUUGCCAUGGUAACGCCAUGGAUCUUAUCCAUUAUUGUGACGUCAGUUCCCGUUUUUCCCUUUAUAACCUAUAUUCAGACCAGUUCUGUGAUAAUUAUUAGCUUGUCAGCACCUUUGUUGAUAACUUGCAUUUCCUAUUGUAUCAUUUGGAGGAAGCAAUCUUCAAGAAUUCCCAAUGAAACUCAAGCAAGAAAGGAUGUUCACUUAAAUAAGACGCUGCUACUGAUAACCGCAAUAUUUGUUCUGUCAUGGUUGCCUUUUCAAGUUUUAGCAGCUGUUUUAAAUUUCUGCAUCUCGUGUCGACGUUUAAACAAAACUCUGAUAAUUUUACUAUAUGUUAUUAAGCUUCUUCACUAUAGCAAUUCCUUUAUGAAUUUUCUAGUAUAUUGUUUUAGAAUGUCAGAUUACAGAAAAGCGCUUUCACGAAUGUUUCCCCAAAUGCAGAUGCAGCUGUUAAAGAGUCGUCGAGUCUCAGUUUUGUCCGCUGGUCCACACUGAAGCAGGUCCUGUGCUUAAUAUCUAUCUCAUUUACUCUAUUUUCAAGCAAUUUUUAUUAUAGACGCAUGCAGGCAGUUAGCAUUGACAAAGAAAUGAAGUGAGUUUUAGGAAAAGAUAUUUCCAGUAGUGUCCAACAAGUAAUCAGUGUCUUGCAUUAAAAUAAUAUUUAGCUUGCACUAAGGAGAACCUGUAUUUCCCUUUCUAUUUGAGUGUAUAUAGUUUACGGGUAUAGACGUUGUAAAUUUACAAUUUUAUCGUGGUUUCGAUUCAUUGAUGGUCAGCAUGAGAGAAUGAACUUAGGCUUGGUGUCAAAUGUUAACUGAAUAACAAUAAAAGUUUCAAACAUUCCCAUAUGAGUCUGAACUUUUAAUUAUUAUGGUUUGUGUAUGGUUCUUUAAAUUACGUUUCUCAAAUUAAGUAAUUUAUUCUAGAAAUUUCUAGAUAAAUUGACAGGCAAAAAUCGUAUUAGUUUUUUCUCCUUAUAUCUCUUUCUGUUGGAGUCUGACGUUUCUGUUAAAGACAUCAGUUUCGUUGACGUUUGGAUCUGUAGGCGCGGUGACGCGUUUUCCUUUCGAUAGGUGUGGCUCUUCGACCAAUGAAAUCCACUGAAGUCUAGCGGUAAGAAUUAACAUGUUCCCAGGUUUAGGUGCUGCAACACUGCCUGAAAGGUCUGUCAAUAUACCUUGCUUUUCACCGCGACAUCGGUAGCCAGGAUAAAAUCCUUUUGUUAUUUCCUAACUUACAUAGUGACAUUUCUUUUCGAUGGUUUUCGCAACGUUCUUGUUAUCAAAAGGAUUUUUUCAAAGAAGGAAACAAUUCUUACUACACUUAGCAUAUAAAGUUGAUUUAUGGACUGAAAAGGCGGGACACGUUUUUCUGUUGUUAUAUACUCACUUGCAUGUGUUGUACACAAACUGUACAGUUUCGCCUAGAGUAACAAUUUUGUAAAUUAAUAUAACUUAAAAUUUUGUAAAUAUUCAAUUUUAAUCGUUAGAAACAAUCUUGUAACUUUAUCUUUGCCUUUUUUUACUUCCGUACCGGCUACUGGACGGUUGCUUGGCGUUAUUCUAAUGACUAAUAGGUUAAUCAUCAUGAAAAAAAUUAGAUUAGACUGAUGUAUGACUGACUGUGAAGGAAAACUACUUUUACGGUUGGUUUCAAAAAUUCUUGAACGAGCUCCUAAGACGACAGAUCAGUCCUGAUCUAAUCAUGUCAGAUGUUGGAUAACCUCAACCAGAAUGAAAUGAAUAGAUGAUUUGUGAUUUAUUCAGAAGGAAAGAUAUUCCCUAAGCUAGUUUCAGUCAGCACCAGCCUUUUGUUUGAGUCGAGAGAAAGUCUAGGAAUAUAACACCAUUUUUUAUUUUCCGUACCUGUCACCGAUUAUCAUGAUCCCGCCUUUUUUAAAAUCUUCUACUGCUCUGGAGAGAUAAAAUUGUAAUUACAGUCGAACCUGUAUAUAACGGCCCUCUAUCAAGCGGCCAGGUUUCAAAGUCCCGAUUUUUUCGCUCAUACAGACUUAUACAGACUCAUACAGACUUGUUUUAACAAAGACAUAUUCAGAAAUGUGCGUAUGAACGGGAGGCACCGGGGGGGGGGGUAAAAGUGGGAAUUCUUGGUGGGGUAUGCCGCCCGGUUCUCCAAAUCCAGACCGUGUUUGACACCAAAAAAAAAAAUUUUUCACACCCGUUUCAGACCUGGCCUCUAAGGAAAUUAUGUUAUCAAUAGUUAGAUUAGAACAGCAGCAAAAAAGAUUUCGUAAAAUGCAUUACGAAUUCGCAUUCUUCUCUUUCUUUCUUAUUCAUCUAAUAUGGAAACGAUACAUACGUUCAUACACUGUCUCCCUCUUUCCCUCGAAAACUAUCUGAUUCCAGACCUAAAUGGGCAAAGUCUAUACCCGUUUUUAGACCAAAACAGUGCAAAAUCUCUACCCUUUAGGGUAGCACAUACCUAUGUGGCUUAUAUAAGGGAGCACCCCCUGGGGGGAAGUAAUGGAAUGCUGACGUAGAAGGUCGGAGAACCUUUCAGCUUAACAGGUCAGUGGUGAUGACGUGUCUCAUAUAUGACGUCAUACAACAUAGGCUCAUAAAUUUUCCACUUUUAUUGAUAUCAUGCAUGCUGUUUCUCGUCGACCGUCGUUUUACACUCAUAACCCUACAAUCAGAAUCUCUCGUAAACGUUUUUAACCUCUUGUAAGCGCCACUUGAGACAUGGCCAUGGUUUGAUCACUAUAGUCGCUGAAUGUCCUACAGUACUCACAGUAUGCAAAGACCUUUAGUGAGUCAGUGGUGUGUCUCAGUCACCUUAAAAUUGGCCUCUAAGCUAAUUUUCUCAUGCUCUUUUGGAUAGUUAUUACAAAUUGCGACGGCUUCUUUAUUAAAAAGUACGAAACGGUUAUUACAAAUUGCGACAGUACAAACUAAACUGGGUAAGUUAUAAAGAAAAUACUCUUUGUUUUUUGGCAUCUUAGUUUUAAAAGGAAUAACACACAAACUGCGGUUAUAAAGACAUUAAAUACCUGGAUAUGAGGAUCUACUAAUUAUCAUCUCUUUACUAAACUACUAGCCAAACAUGGUAAACCCUACCUACCUCCAUUUGAUACAACAGACGGAUACAGAACAUGUUUUAAACUGUCUUGGGAUCAUUCCAUUUUUCAUGCUCCCCAUUUUCCCACUCCCCUAAAAAGGAGAACAAUUUCAGUAAGGUCUCAAUAAACCCUUUUGGAACUUUGAAUUUAGAUCAGUUGAAACCACUAUUUUAGCGCACAGUUGAACCUCCAUGCACCCACACUCGGGGCACUGGCAGGUGGCCGCUUAAUGGCGGUUGGCCGCUCAACGAUUGGCUUAAUCGGUAUCGGUAAUCGGUAUCAUUACUGUAUUUUCCUUCGCCAUCAGUUUUGAGAAUGUAUCAAGCGGAUUGAUAGCUGUUACUGACAGAGGCUUAAGGUGGCUCGAUACAGUUUUUCAGGGUCAAAACCUUCCAAGUUUGAGCAUAAACUACGUCGCCAUAAACAAAGAUUGUGAAAAAUUGCCACCACAGUUGUAUCAGAUAAAGAUGAAAAUUUGUUAUGAUUAAUGUUGCACAGACGUCGGAGUUGUCGUAGCAACAAAAUGACGCUAUUACCUAUUUUUCUCGGCUCUGGGAACUGUUCUUCCAAAAUCGUUUAGGGGAGCUUUUUCUUUCCAAUAGGUGGUUUUCAUGCAAUCUCGGGAGACACAACUAACAAUGGUGAAAUGAACAAAUGCUGGUGGACAAACAAAACGAGCUAAUGAGCGAUCUUUUGUUUACUGUCCACCAGCAUGGCGGCGAUGACGUCACGUGAAAACCACCGAUAGAGGCCUCGAUGUUCGCGAAGUUUAAGCGAAAUUUGUAAGAACGUUAUCAAGAUAUUUUGGGAUGAAUUUUUUAUGGUUAGAAAUACUCUAAAAGAAUGGACAAUCUUGACGUUCCGCUGUUAUCUGUAGAAAAUUAAACGAAGCGCUUUCGAGAUGCAAUUUCACCUCAUAGUACUUUCAAUCUUUUUAAAAACGUGUGUGAAAGAUCAUUGUGUUUAGUAUAAUAGAGCGACAUUGGCGUAGAGUACAGUAGCCUAGUUAUGUCCGGCAAAUCAUGCCGAUCAGUGAAACGAAACUGGGGCGAAAACGGUGGCAGGAAAUAAAACUUGUUUACCAUGAUUAUGUUGAGUUUCCACUAUUUUUUAUUGUCACGUAGGGCUUUAUGUUAAGCAACUAGAUUGUUUUUUUAAAGUGCUAGUUAGUGAUAUGACCGCUGUAUGACUAUUUUACUUAGGAUUAUUAUUGGUUGUUUGAGAGGAGUUUGCAGGUGUUGCCAACGACUUCCCGUUCAGGUUAUUGCUAACAACCUUCACAAAACACGUACGCACUUUGAGCGCGGUCUGACAAAUGUUAUUACUUUCCAACUACUGCUGUACUAUUUUCUCUUAGGAUUUCGUUUAGGAUUACGAGGGAGCACGGAAACUUGGUGAGACCACGUCACUCUAUAAUUUUCCUUUCUCUUAGAAAACUGUCCUCCUCACGUGCUUUUUCAAGUGUGCUAUUUAAAAAUGGCACAAUUUGCUUUUAUAAACGGCUUCAUAAAAGUAGCGCCUAUAUUUACUUGAUUUUUAAACCGUUUCAAAUCUGGCUAGACUUUCAUAGAAAAUGCGACUACCCAAAAGUCCUUGUUGUUCACCAAGUUUAUUUUUUUUUCUUUGAAAAACGAAAAAUGCAUCAGCUGCAUUUUUCGUUCCUUUCUCCUCGCUCUCUCUCGCUGUACAAGCUAAGACAUGAGCCUACACCAGGGGCCCGUUUCCCAAACUUAAAGUCUCGCAGCUUUUAAGGCCCGAGGCCAAAUAUUAAAAAUAAAAUCUGAAUAAUGAAAGCGUGGGUCCUAGUUAAAAAGAAAAACAAACAAACAAACAAAAGACAAAAAAGCAGUCCAUUUUGUUUGGUAACCAAUGGGUAUGUUAUCGGUGAUCGGUGACCGGUAAUUGCCGGAACUUCCGAGGAAAGGACCCCCGACCCGAUGGGAGCGACGGAAAUUGAGCCUUCAUAUUUUUAUUCCUUUUACAGUUUUCGCCAAAUGGACUUCAAUAAUUGGAACCUCUUCUGGAGUUUGUGCUUUGGGCUGUUGUCCUUUCUAAUCAUCGUUGGAAAUGCUCUAUCCAUAUCAAUACUUUUCAAGAGAAGGCUACGAAAGCGUCCUCAUUUCUUGUUAAUUAGCUUGGCUUUCGCUGAUCUCUUGGUUGGAUUAAUUCCAGUGCCACUUUACAUCAUGAACCAAGCAAACUUACUGCUACAUACUGCUUAUUGGGUUUAUGUGUACGUGGAUAUGAUUACAGGCUUAAGCUCGGUCUUCACCCUGACGGCUAUUUCCCUGGAAAGACUCCACGCUAUUUCUCGCCCUCUUCGCCAUCGACAACUCACCUCACGUAGCUACGCGAUUGCUAUAGCAACCCCAUGGAUCUUCUCCCUUAUUGUGUCGUUAUCUUAUUUGCUGUCAGUUUUUUCUGUUAUAACCAACCUUCAGUUCUUUUCAGGGAUAAUCAUUAGUUUGUCAACAUCGUUGUUGGUAACGUGCAUUUCCUAUUGCAUCAUUUGGAGGAAGCAAACUUCUAGAAUAAUUCCCAAUGAAGCUCAAGCAAGAAAGGAUUUUAACUUAAAUAGGACGUUGCUAUUGAUAUCUGCAAUAUUUGUUUUCUCGUGGCUGCCUUUCCACGUUUUAAAUAUCGUCAGCACUUUCUGUGCUUCAUGUGAAAUCUUUCUCGUAACAGUAUAUGUUGUAAAGUUCCUUCACUAUAGCAAUUCCUUUAUGAAUUUUCUAGUUUAUUGUUUGAGAAUGCCACAUUUCAGAAAAGCGCUUUCAAGAAUGCUUCAUAAGUGUAGAUGCAGUCGUUAAAGAGUCGUUAACAAUUUGUAUUUGGAAAAUACGAUACUUAUGUUUUAAGCACUUAGUCGUCUGGCAUUAACGUAAAAGUUCAGCUUGCACUGAGGAGGACUUGUAUUUCCCUUGGUAUUGAGUCUAGUUUACAAGUCAGAUACACAUUGGAAAUUUAUUUCAAUUUUAUCGUGGUUUCAUGGAUUGUUAGCGUGCAUGAGAGAACGAACUUGCCCUUGGAUGUCAAAUGUUAACGGAAUAACGUUAAUGAAUCAAACAUUGCUAUCUGAGUAUGAACUUUCAGUUAUUAUUCUUUGUGUAUGGUGUUUUAAAUUACGUUAAUUCUCAAAUUAAUUAGUUUAUUCUAGAAAUUUCUAGGUAUAUUCGCAGGUAAAAAUCGUAUCAGUAUUGUCUUUUCUACUCUUGUCUCCUUCUGCUGGAGUCUGACCUUUCUGACACUGAAAGACAUCAGUUUCGCUGAAGAUCUGUACACGCGGUGAUCAUGCAUGCUGUUUCACAUCGACGUUUUACACUUAUUGCAUUUUUAAUUGUUGGCUUUUUAAUUAAUCGCUGUUGAUCAAAAGUUGUUGUCAGUACAGUCGAACCUACAUGUGCGACCACCUCCCAUAUGCGACCACCUGUAUCCGGCAAAACACAGGCACUUUCCCGGUCAAAUCCCUAUAAUCAAAACCGUCUCGUAAACAUCCACCUCUCAAAAGCUACUGCGACCACUUUUUGGCCUUAAAGCUUUAUUGUUUUCAAUUGUUUUCAACAUCUUGUAGGCAACCACUGCACUUGGCGCAUGGUAAGUUAGCUGAUGAAAGUCCUACACUACUUACAGUAUGCAAAGGCCUCUUAGUGAGAACAGGAUACUAUCCCACAUACACUGCGGUGCAAUUCUACUAAGCGACGACUCUAUCUACGAGUCUUCUACGCACUUUGGGUGGUCGCGUUCGGGAGAUUUGACUGUGCUGCUAAGAAUAUGUCAGAUGCUGCGCAUAUUGGACACAGUGAGCUUCCAUCUUCCUUUAAAUGCUGAGGCUAGCUUAAGUGUAAUAGGAUGACUGUUAUUGUCAAGGACCACUAGUAGUGUCGUUCUGGUUUAACCCAGUGUAAUCCUCCUUUAGUUACUGCCUAAUAAUUUGUUAUCAAAUCAUACUGAUGACACUUGAUUGACCACUGUAAUCAUUGUAUUGUAUUGUUGCCCCCGCAGGGAUUUCGCCCAGAAGGCGAAAUCCCGAGGAGGCACUCUAGUAACUCGCCUGUAUAUUAAGGAAAGUACUUACAGUUGAAAUAUACAGUUAUACAGUCAAUAUAGAAAAAAUCUCGAUUUGCUUGAACAGGGGCCGCCAGGAAUCGGUAGGUAAUGAUGACGUUUCUAUUGUUUGCGCCCAUCAAGCACGAAAUGGUUAGGAUGACGUAAAGACAGAACAUCCCCAAGGGACCGCUUAGGUAGAUUUUGUGACAUUUAUUGUGCAGUCAUACUCUUUUGCGUUACGUGUUAACAGUGACAUUCUGUGGAGCAGUUGUUUCAGAGAAAGUUAUGGACCAAAAUUUUAACGACACUCGUUAAGCACAGAAGAAGUUAUAAGGUGCGUAUAGCUGGGUAUAUAUAAACACUAUCCUAUCACUUCCCUGCGACCUAAAUAUUAGGGACCUUAUUGAAGCAACGACGACGGCAACAGUGACGGCUACGAAAACGACACUUAAAAAGUGAAGUCGCGCUACUUCAAACUUUUUCGCGCUUAUUCCAUCUCGUUCAAUUCGUCAAAUGUUGGCAAUUCCGAUCCUCCACAAAACUUGAAAUUAAGCAUUUCCAGUUCGGCAAAGAAAUGUACAAAAAGUCGUGAUGCACGUGCAAAUUUGUUGUUUUGCCAAUCUAAACUCAUUGCUUUUUUGCCGUUAUCGUUGAAGUCGCCUUGCCUAGUCCCCAGGCGGUGUGCGUCACGAGAUUCGACCAAUCAGAAUGCGUCAUUUGUAGAGUGAUUUUCGCGCUCGGAAAGAGCUGUUUUCAGAGGUAUAUGUGGUGAAAUUUUCGCUUUAUUCCAAGCUUGUGUUGGUAAUUUCGACACUAUACCGCCGUGGAAAGUUGUUGGAACACUUUAUCUUGAUAGCAGUUGCGUUACUUUUAAAUAUUUUGAUUUCUUGAGCGUUUGUGACAAGUUUGAAUUACUCGGUCAUGUGCAGGCCGCCAUGAUGAUUUGAGUGUUGUUUUUGCCGUUCUUCUUGGAUUUAUUGCUGGUUACUGUUAGCAGUUUUAUCGAAUUAUUUUGGCCAUCUUGUUACUUCAACCUUUCUUCUUUGCAAAUUUCGGGGUCUACCCGGGUCUACCCCUGUUAGUUUUCCCGUUAUGAGCCGUUGAAAGUGUCUUGGAAUGAAGACAUCGUCUCAGCCAAGUGUCACAACUCCCGGGAAACGGGCUGAGAAAACAUGCCGAAGCGGAAGCCGACGUGAAGCGAGUAACGCCAAAUCCAGGAAGAGUUGGUUCUAUUUUAAACCACAAAAGGUAAAUAAGUUUGAAUAUUGUAAUAACCUUUGGAAACAAAACAUUUUUCAUAGCCCAGUGCGGAAACUGAAAGCGUGACUUUAAAAUAAUUUGCAUUCGGUGUGUGCCACGUGUAUGCAAAUCUUCGUGUAAAGUUACGUGAGCGAAUAAAUUGUUAUAAAUCUCUACCAAAACCCAAAACCAUUAUCGAAGAUCCAGACAACAUCAUACAGGAUUUUAAAACUGUGAGGUUAGGUUUUACUAUAUAACAAAAUCGAUAUACUGCGCUCACUUCAAUGACCGCACAGACAAGAUCGUGUUUGAUUUUACCUGAUUUUACUGUUUAUUUCUGCGGCUGUAUGUUCGGCUCUUUCGGUCUGUUUUCUCCUUGCCUGAUAGAAGAUUUAUUUGCGCAUAAGGAUUUCAAACGGGCACUGUUUUCAAAAUAAUAUAAACUUGUCGAUGAAAAUAAAAUUGUUAUGAGAG